AUGAGCGAGGGAUCCUCCGAGAUAGUACCCGUCAAGGCACUAUCGUUCGGGCCAGACUACGAUACUAAAGCACGCCAAAACAAAGAUGUACCACCUCCCAACGCUAAUUUACUGUCAGAAGAGGAAUUAUGGGACGGCGAUGGCAAGAUCGAUUGUGAAUUG